AUUCACCAGAGCAUUCGAUUCUCCUCAAUCAUCAUGAAGGUCACUGCAGCUUUCGCAGGCCUCUUGGCCACGGCCCUCGCCGCCCCUGCCCCCAAAACCGAUCUGAUGGCGCGAGGCAAAACUGAUCUGGUGGAGCGAGCCGCUGGUAUCAACUACGUCCAGAACUACAACGGCAACCUGGGCUACUUCACCUACAACGAGGGUGCCGGACAGUUUUCCAUGUACUGGCAGCAGGGAGUCAGCAACGAUUUCGUCGUUGGUUUGGGCUGGACCACUGGUGCCGCCAGGACCAUCACCUACCAGGCCACCUACAACGCCGCGAGCUCUGGCUCCUACCUCGCCGUGUACGGCUGGGUCAACUCUCCCCAGGCCGAGUACUACAUCGUCGAGUCGUACGGCACGUACAACCCGUGCAGCUCGGGCUCCGCCACCAACCUCGGCACGGUGUCGUCCGACGGCGGCACCUACCAGGUCUGCACCGACACGCGGUACAACCAGCCGUCCAUCACGGGCACCAGCACGUUCACGCAGUUCUUCUCCGUCCGCCAGAGCAAGCGCACCUCCGGCACCGUCACCGUCGGCAACCACUUCAACUUCUGGGCCCAGCACGGCUUCGGCAACAGCAACUUCAACUACCAGGUCAUGGCCGUGGAGGCUUGGAGCGGUUCCGGCUACGCCACCGUCACCAUCACUUCUGCUUAGAAGAAGAUGGUGGGGCGCUGAGUAGCUGGUCGAAGGACUUGAAAGCCGAGCUUCUUCUUCUCUCUCAGAUGGUUAGAUGAUUGGACUGGGAGAUUGGGCGGUUUUCCAGCGUCCAGACUGUAUAUAUGGCGUGGCCGAGCAACCGAUGCUUGACAAUGUGAAUACGGUCAUCGGGAUCUGGAUCAGGGCGAUGCCCGCCGCCGUUUGCACAAGACAUGAUCUAUCCGUGUGCCCUGCUCCUAGCUUGCAGCUUCCACGAGCUGCAAAUCGAUCUUUGUAAUCUGC